GAGAACACACGAAACGAAAACAGCACGAAUCCUAUAGGAAAGGCGGGAUUUAUGCAAAACUGCACCAAUCACGAGAAAGAAAGGGUACAGCGGCAGAAGUAGGAGAGCCUCGCGACCUCCGCUGCAUUCCUAACUGCCAUCUCAUCUCUGCGCUUCCGACUCAACACAAAGGUAUAGAUUUCAGUUCCCCUUCAUUAAAUGUAGCAGCGUUCUGUCAUUAAAGCAUGAUUGAAUGAAUAUUCAUUUAUAUAAAUGAGAGCAGUUGUCGCUGCCGGGCUUGCGUGUACAUAUCUAUGCUUAGUACGAAAAUCGCCUGCCACGUAGACGUCGCUGUGUUUGUGAGCUGGCUCCGUGUGCAGCACGCAGUGGGUUUAAACUGGCAUAUUACAUCCGCGCUCUGGUACCUGCGCGCAGAAAUGUUACUCGCAUUUUGGAGUUGGUUUUGCGCGUCGCUCCUAUCUUUUGCUAGCGGAGCAAAACUCCCGGAUCCGGAGGUUAAAAUCGAAGUUCUAAACAAACCUUUCAUCUGCCGCCGCAAGUCUAAGUAUGGGGACAUGCUGCUGGUCCACUACGAGGGUUUCCUGGAGAACGGCACCAGGUUCCACUCCAGCCGUCUCCAUGGAGAUAAGAACCCGGUGUGGUUCACGCUCGGGAUCCGCGAGGUGAUCCGGGGCUGGGACAAGGGCCUGCAGGACAUGUGUGCUGGGGAGCGCCGAAAACUCACUGUCCCACCCAGCCUGGCCUACGGCAAGGAGGGGAAAGGUAAGAUCCCCCCUGAGAGCACGGUGACCUUUGACAUCGAGGUCCAGGAGAUCCGCAACGGACCCCGAUCACACGAGUCCUUCCAGGAGAUGGACCUGAACGAUGACUGGAGGCUCUCAAAACAAGAGGUAAAAGAGUAUCUGAGGAAGGAGUUUGAGAGACAUGGCUACCCUCCCAACGACACGCACCAUGAAGUCAUGGCCGAAGACAUCUUCAACAGGGAGGACAAAAACAAAGAUGGCUACAUCUCCUCCCGCGAGUUCACCUACAAACACGACGAGCUGUAGCCUCAUCUCCUCCCGCGAGUUCAGCUAACCAAAACCUCUGAGCUACUUGAUCAUUUCCACCUGUUCUGGAUUACA